UCCGGUCUCCGUCGGGGCAAGGCAAGUCCGCCGCGCGUCAAACGAAUGAAAAAACAAUCUUCUUAAAAAAGCCGAUGUGAGCUUCCAAUUAGCAACAGACACUACUUCUUGAUUAUGUCUUCUUCGUGAUGAUCAACAUAAGAAUGAUGCGUCUGCUUCAGCAAGCCUUCGCUUGUUACCGCCGAAAAAGGGUUGUGCGUGUUCUGCUGCUGUUCUUCGCUGUAAGCGCAGCAACCAUUUCUAUUUGCUCUGAUCACCAAAUAAGUCUACAACAGUUCCUGUUGUCAUCCGACGUCUCCGGCACAGGAGGCGGUGACGGUGCCGAGACGCUGGUGGUCCCCGUCGGCCGACUGGUCGAGCCGUCGCUGCCGACCCAGUCGUGGUUCGCCGGUGACCCGAGCUGCGCCCACCUGGUGACACAGUUCGGCCGGCCGGGCAGCCUGCCGGACGCCCGGCUCGCCUCGCUUCCCCGCUCGGGCAACACGUGGACGCGCUACCUGCUGGAAGCGGCCACCGGUCUGGUCACUUGCGGACCCACGAAGGACGCAGAAAUGGCCGAGGAGCUGCCAGCUGGAGCCCUACCGGCCGCUGCCGAUAUUAUCGACCAACAGCAGUCGGCGACCACCUCGACAGAGCUUCGCGCUGCCGGCUUUAUAGCUGAACAUGUGUCCCCGUUAACACGUACUUGUCUCGUUGGUAAAACACACGAGAUUCCGCCUGCCUGGCGUUACGUGGAAGGAGAAGAAGAGGCUGAUUAUAACGAAAUGGGCAAUGACUCUGGCAACACAAACAACACGACCAGCGUCGGCUACCACCUGCCGGCAAUUCUGCUCGUGCGAGACCCGUUCCGAUCCAUCAUAUCCCUGCGACACCUGCAAGCUCACGCCAGAAUGCUAGUGACUGAGAGCCGUGCUACCGCCGAGGCCUUUUCGGGGGACGACUGGCGCCAGUACGUGGAGCGGAAGAGCCGCCUCUGGUUUAUACUAGCCGACGAGUGGGCGCACAGCCCGCGGCACACGCUGCUGGUGUCCUACGAGCGGCUGGUGGCCGAGCCGGCCGUCCAGCUGCGCCGAAUGCUGCGCUUCCUGGGCGUGACCCCUGCGCCAGAGAGACUCCGCUGCACGCUGAGACACAAGGAGGGCGUCUUCAGGAACACUGAGCACCCUGUGCUGCCUAGCGAGGACGUCUAUGAUGCCGAGUUGCGCCGGAUGGUUUGGGAGAGAAUUCGGCUACUAGAUGACACUUUAGCCAGUCGUGGCUACCAGAGACUUCCAUUGCAAUCGUAUGCGUUCUACCAGCCUUAGAACUUAGAAGCACAAGGUUUCAAACGAUUAGAUUUACUACAUGUGCUUAUUGUGACAAAAUCAAUGCCUCGACCAAGUUGUAUGCCUUGAUGAGCCUUGUUGCCGAUGACAGCAGUGAGAAAGUGCGAAUUCUAACCG